CGGAAUCCGUUGGCGAGUGGAACUGUAGUUGGCGCGCUCUCCAACGGGAAUAAAGUCCGGUGCGGUGCACCCAAUCGCGGCGGAGCUGCGGAGAGUUCGACCGUUGAGUGAAGAGGAACUGACACCAACUGAGUUGGAUUACGGCCAGAAGGGGCACUGUGUGCAUCUGAGCAUCUCUCUAUCCCUGUACCGUGUCUCUCUUGAUCUGUCUGUCCAGUCAACAGUGGAUGGUGACCAGCCAACAAACCCUAGAGGAGCCGUGAGGCACUUCUCAAAUCCUCAUCCGCCAGGACAAACUCCUCUAAUAGUCGGGCCACUUCAGAAAGAGCUGCUGACACAAUGAGUUCCCACAGCCGCCCAGAUGGACUUCCCGGUAAAGAACAUCCACUGGAGCUUCUGAAUCCAUCUGGAGUCAACCACAUUCCUCCUGUUGAUGUGAGUGCGGCUCUGCCACUGCAAGUGCCCCCCUCUGCUAUCCCCAUGGACCUGCGCGUGGAUCACCAGUUUGCUCUUGCCCCGGCGGACCCGGCUCAACGUGAGCAGCAGCUACAACAGGAACUGCUUGCGCUCAAGCAGAAACAGCAGAUCCAGAGGCAGCUCCUCAUCGCAGAGUUUCAGCGGCAGCACGAGCAGCUCUCACGCCAGCAUGAAGUGCAGCUGCAGGAGCAUGUCAAGCAUCAGCAGGAUCUUCUGGCCCUGAAACAUCAGCAGGAACUUCUGGAGCACCAGCGAAAGUUGGAGAGACAUCGCCAGGAACAAGAGCUGGAGAAACAACAGCGGGAACAGAAGCUUCAACUACUCAAGAACAAAGAACGUGGCCAAGAGAGUGCUGUGGCGAGUACUGAGGUGAAGAUGAGGUUGCAGGAGUUUGUCCUGAAUAAGAAGAAAGCACUGGCCCAGAGGAGUCUCAACCACUGCUUGCCUAACGACCCACGCUACUGGUACGGGAAAACCCAGCAUAGUUCACUGGACCAGAGCUCGCCACCUCAAACAGGGAUUUCCACUUACAACCACUUACAGCUGGGAAUGUACGACCCCAAAGAUGACUUCCCACUCCGCAAGACUGCUUCUGAGCCCAACUUGAAGCUGCGCUCCAGACUGAAGCAGAAAGUGACAGAGCGCAGGAGUAGCCCGCUGCUGCGGAGGAAGGACGGGCCUAUCACUACUGCUAAGAAACGUUCUCUUGACAUGGCAGAAUCUGCAUGCAACAGUGCUCCUGGUUCAGGCCCAAGUUCACCCAACAACAGUUCGAACAACAUUACCAAUGAGAAUGGCAUCGCUGGAUCCAUCUCUAACUGUCCAAUGGAGCCAUCAUUGGCACACAGACUGGCUGGUAGAGAGGGACCUGUUAGCCAGCUGUCACUAUACACGUCACCCUCCCUCCCCAACAUCACCCUGGGUCUGCCAGCAAAUGGCCCCUCCAACAUUGCAUCUGGCCAGCAAGAUGGUGACAGAAUGGCAGUGCCAGGAAUACCCAUAACCACUCCGUUCAUGCACGGGGCCCAUCUGCCAUCUUACCUGACUGCCUCCAGUUUAGAGCGGGAGAGCGGCUCUGCUCAUAACUCUCUACUGCAGCAUAUGGUGCUUCUGGAGCAGUCAGCGGUGCAGAACUCGCUGAUCACAGGUCUUGGGGGUGUGCCCCUGCAGUCUCAUCCCAUCCACAAGCUCCGGCAGCAUCGGCCCCUGGGACGCACACAGUCGGCCCCGCUGCCUCAGAAUGCUCAGGCGCUACAACAGCUGGUGGUUCAACAACAGCACCAGCAGUUCCUCGAGAAACACAAGCAACAGUUCCAACAGCAGCAACUGCACAUCAACAAGAUGAUGGCGAAGCCAAGCGAGCCUAGCCGACAGCACGAGAGCCACCCGGAGGAGACGGAAGAGGAACUGAGGGAGCACCAGGGGCUAGCCGAUUCCGCAGAGGGUCUUCCUCACGGGGUCACCAUCAAACAGGAACCUCCAGAUGAACAGGAUGAAGAGCUCCAGCUGAGAGAGAGACAGGCAGAGGAAGAGCUGCUCUUCAGACAGCAAGCUCUCCUGUUGGAGCAACAGAGGAUUCAUCAGCUGAGGAACUAUCAGGCGUCAGUGGAAGCGGCCGAGCUGUCAGUGACUUUCCCAGGCCAUCGGCCCCUAUCCAGAGCACAAUCCUCGCCAGCAUCAGCCACAUUUCCCAUCGUAGUGCAGGAACCUCCGGCCAAACCACGCUUUACCACCGGUCUGGUGUAUGACACAUUGAUGCAGAAGCACCAGUGUAUGUGUGGAAACAGUAACAUACACCCCGAACACGCCGGCCGCAUCCAGAGCAUCUGGUCACGACUGCAGGAAACAGGACUGCGCGGCCAGUGUGAGGUUAUUCGGGGCAGGAAAGCCACUCUGGAGGAGUUACAGACCGUUCACUCUGAAGCUCAUGUGCUGCUUUACGGCACCAACCCACUCCGACAGAAACUUGACUGCUCGGGGACACCCAUGUUCGUGAGACUCCCAUGCGGAGGAAUCGGGGUUGACAGUGACACUAUCUGGAAUGAAGUUCACUCUUCCAGUGCUGCUCGUCUGGCUGUGGGAUCUGUGGUGGAUCUGGUCUUUAAGGUUGCAUCAGGAGAGCUGAGGAACGGCUUUGCUGUAGUACGACCUCCAGGACACCACGCUGAGGAAAGCACGCCAAUGGGAUUUUGCUAUUUCAACGCUGUCGCCAUUGCAGCCAAACUCCUUCAACAGAGACUCAACGUCAGUAAGGUUCUGAUUGUAGACUGGGAUGUUCACCAUGGCAACGGAACUCAACAGGCCUUCUACAGCAACCCUAAUGUCCUGUAUGUGUCUCUCCAUCGCUAUGAUGAUGGUAACUUCUUCCCUGGAAGCGGUGCCCCUGAUGAGGUGGGUAGUGGUCCAGGUGUGGGAUUUAAUGUGAACAUGGCUUUCACCGGAGGUCUGGAGCCACCCAUGGGGGACACAGAGUACCUGGCUGCAUUUAGAACGGUGGUGAUGCCAAUUGCCAACGAGUUUGCUCCAGACGUUGUGCUGGUUUCUUCUGGUUUUGAUGCUGUGGAGGGGCAUCCACCACCUCUGGGAGGAUACACGCUAACGGCCAAAUGUUUUGGCUACAUGACCAAGCAGCUGAUGGGACUGGCCGGCGGCCGGCUGGUGUUAGCCCUGGAGGGGGGUCACGACCUCACCGCCAUUUGUGAUGCCUCUGAAGCAUGUGUUUCUGCUUUGCUUGGAAAUGAGUUGGAGCCUCUCCCUGAAGAAGUGCUGCAACAGAGGCCGAACCCCAAUGCCGUUCACUCCAUGGAGAAAGUUCUGGAAGUCCACAGUAAAUACUGGCGCUCGCUGCAGCGAUCUGCCUCGACUCUGGGCUACUCUCUGCUGGAGGCUCAGAGGUGUGAAACUGAAGAGGCGGAGACUGUGACCGCCAUGGCCUCCCUGUCUGUAGCCAACAAGAACUUGGGGAAGAGGACAGAGGAGGAGCCCAUGGAAGAGGAACCUCCAUUGUAGAAGGUCCGUUUAACUGCCUUGAUAACCCUCUUGGCUCAGAGCCUCUUGAAGUCUCCGUGCUCACUCUGCUCUCUCCACUCGUUUCAUUUUUUUGUCCCGCCCCUGUCUGGCAGGGCAUGAUGUGCGCACUUUAAGCAUGGGACUCGAAACGGCCUAAAGAAACCUCCAUGACACCCAGAGUGCAACAGUCUCAGCCGUGUUAGUCAGUCUCUGUCCGUGGCAGAACUACUAGGAUUCUGUACCUGGUCUGUCAACAUGGAUGCAAACUUUUGAGCAGGACAUUGACUUAUGUUCCAUUGUUAGAUGUGAGAGCUGGUGCUUUCAACAACAACUUUUGUUAUCUUUCUUUCCAGAGCCACUAAAGUCCACAUGACUGACUUUGGCUGUGGGCCUCAAUGCAGCCGCAUCCUUCUUGUUUUAUUCGUUGUCAUGUUUGUUUGUCUUUUCUUGAGAAAAGAAGUGACUCGUUCCAUUUGUCAUCCAAGUUACUGCUAAAUGCUUCUGACGUUGAUUUUGGAAGAUGAGAUCUGAGAUUGGGAGAGAGUGAAGAAUUGGGAAACCCAACCGAGAGCCAUUAGAGUGGACAAUGCGAGUUUGUGCCUUUUUUUUGUGAUGGAUUGAGAAGAACAUUGCCUUAAACUAGUUACAGGAGGGGUUGAAGAUGAUGAGCUCCAUUCCACCUCUGUUAUUGCUUUUCAAGAGGUGGUACAUGUGAGGGUCAAAGGCUGGCCUGAAGAAUCGAAAAAACCCCUCAGCAUGUUUACCAGGAACUCCCUGCAGAAAUUGUCAUGCUUCACACACAUUUUUUUUCUUUUUUUUUCUCUGUUCUGUCAUUUUACUGUGCUUGUGUUGGACAUAUCAAAUGAACUUGUAAGGUAGUUGCCAGCUAUCCAAGGGCAAACAUUGUUUGAGCACUUUUCAAUUGAAUUCUCCAGUGCUUUAGAAGGCAAGCCAACGUGUAGCGACUUUUCAACUCUAAUGACCAAAUACACACCUCGUCCUCCUCUUCGAAAGCAUUGACCAGCAUGCACCAUUGCGGAACAGCUUUCUAUCUGCCAUAGAUUACAGCAACUAUUUCAAAGCAUGAAUUUGCCGUUAAACCAGUAGUUAUCUGCCACUAGCUGCAAGCAUUUAGUAUAGGGCUGCAAUAACGAUUUGUCAUACAUAAAAAAAACACACAAUUUGUGCUUUAAAAGAAACUAUAUUUUUCCCUCUCUCAACUUUUAUACUCAUGAAUGUCUAGUUUUCCGAUUCCUUUACAGUUAAUCAAGGCCACUAGCGUAUCACUACUAUUAUUCUACUCAGCAGAUGGUCAGUUUUAUUGACACCUUUAAAAAAACAAGAGGAAAAGGGCUGGUUAAGAUUUUAAAUGAACCAUUUCGCCUUCAGAUAUGCCUCCUGGUGAGAUAUAGGGCUGGUGUAAAGCGACACGUUUCCUGCCGACUGGCCUGUGCAAGGGCAUCGCUACACAACGUAAUGGUCCUUUUACUAUAGGGGCAGGUGCUACAACACAAUCCAGGAAGUAGUGAGACCACCAGCUUCCACUCAGAAAACAAUCGUAAAAACACCUCUGAGACAACUGUGAUACUCAGACAAUCUGCAUGUGACUAUUUUGAUGUAGAGUUUUGUAGCUGCAUCCUUGACCUGUAGGGGGCAGUGCACCAAUGCUUUUAAAUGGCACAUACAGUAGAACUGUACAUAUAUAUGCAAUUAUGCAUGCUGACAGUUGAUCAUUUGGCUUGACUUUGAUUGUACAUUUACCUUUUGGAUUCUGGACUGGUUAAGUGGUAAUUAUUUUGUUUGACAACACUGACUCAUGUUUAGCCUCUUGGCAACUACCUUUGGCAUUCUUUUUCAUGUGUAUCAUGUACGUUAAAUAUGAGACACAUUAAGGAAGGCGAUUUGAUUCACUGUUGCCAUUGUUCCUUGACUUCAUUUUUGUAUAUGCCUGUCACGUAUGACUACUCCACUAUGGGCUUUCGCCCAUUUUGUUUCCCUGUUUGUCUAUGUUUUAUUACUUUUUUCUGGCCUUGUGACCUUGUUUGUCCUGUUUUUGUACUUUUUUUUUUUUUUUUGUUCAUUGUUCAUUUAUAUAGUUGACAAUGUGUUUUACAUGCAUAAGAUCUUUAGUUUCUUGUUUCAGAGAGUAACAGACUUUUUUAAACUUUUUUUUUUUUCAUUUGUUUUAACUUUUAUUAGUUUUUUAUAGGUGAAGGGAGGGAGAUGGUUUUACUUUGUAUACUGAUUCCAACAAUUGUGUAUUUACUGCGUUCUGUUCAUAAUAGAUUUAUAUUACAAAGAUCUAUAGAUAUAUUAUAUAUUAUAAAUAUUGCAGACUCAAAUGAGAAAAUUAGUAUUGCAAAGUGAUGUACAGUAUAUCAGUACGUGGUCUGGCUUUUCCCAUCACUGGUUUCACUGAAGGCACUGUUUAAAGCUGCUGUUGGUUUUAUGCAUUCACAGUAGCAUUACUCUGGCACCACAACCGCUUAAUCAAAAGUCAAAAUGCUCGUCAUGAUUCUGGCUUCAUUGUGACAGAGCUCUUACUAAGCUAAUACAAAAAGCGCUCGGAAAAUAUUAUGGACUGACACUUUAAAUUUAAUGCCGAGUGAAUUUGGUUUGAAAAGUAGAGUAGAUGCUGACAUCACAAUUAUCUUUGUUUCGUCAAUGCAAAAUGGAUUUCAGUUGUUAUAUUCUACCUUUCAGGAUUUUUAAUAUGUUUGAGUUCCUUAAGUUAGCAUUGGGUAAAUCUCUCCAAACCUGUUCAGAACAUGCCUGGGUCGUAUUUCCUUCCCAAAAUCAGAAGAUAUUAUAUUUUGCUUAAAUGUUAAUAAAUGUAUAUUUAAGCAUAUCAAUAUUGAAAGUAUAAUAAAUGAAGAUAUUUACAUUGUGACAUUAUUUUCAUGAAAAUUAAGCAAAUUUCCCCCAAAUUCCAACUUGCUCUCAUGGCAAAUAGUAAUAAUCAUACUAUUAUUACGAUUUGCCAUGAGACUGGGUUGGCGAAAUCGUAUGUGUUGGCUUGUACAAAAACAUACAACUUUUACUCCCAUAAAGAAAAAUAAACAAACCAUGUUAUUGAAAGUUUUCCUAAGAUAAACCCCAAACCAAAAACGAACCAUAAAGUCUAACUCCUUACCCAAACCCUGAUUUUAAUUUUCUAAUUUUAAGACAAUCAAUGUUGUGUACAAUGGAAGAAAGAGAAACAUUAGGGUUUUAAGUGAGCAUUCUUACCAUUUUUCCAUAGUUUUGUAUCAAUUUAAAAUUGUUGGUUGAAUGGUUGCUCUCGAUGGGUAUAAAAGUUUUCAUUAGAACAAAGCUGUAUGAUAUCUUACAAUUUUAACAACUUGUACAACUGAUUACGAGCUGAGACUUCCAAAAUCUCAUCGCUGUAAUGCAAAAACGUAAUUACUUGAAUGUGAUAUUUUUAUACAUCAUGGCAGUAUUUGUUGUUCUUUUAAGUCAUGCUGAUUUAAAGGACCCACUUAAUAUUAGAUGUCUUUAACUAUUAUGUACUUAAGCAUUUGACACAAUGUACUUAUUAUGUAAAUACCUGCUGUUGCAUUGUACUUACAUUUAAAGUACCUGCAUUGCAUUACUUCUGUAGUUACACUGUGAACUUUAACCCUAAGCCUAACCCUCUUCCAAUCCUAACCCUACUUGUACCUCAAACUCAGUAGCAGUAAAUGUGAAUCUUGUGACAAUUUGGCAGAAAAACAUGAAGUUACACAUUGUAUUGUAUAGAGGUCGACCGAUAGUGGACUUUGCCGAUACAUAUAACUAAGUUGCUAGAAAAGGCCAAUAACCAAUUAAUCGACCAAUUCAUUUUUGAAAUCGAUUAAUAGAAUGCCAAGACAUUUCCUUAGUCAUCACAGGCAUAGAGUACAAAAUGAAUAAAAUCACAGAUGUAGUUUAUUUUUUUAAAGUGCACCUAUUAUGGUUUUGAAAUGUGCCUAAUUUAGAUUUAAAGGUCUCAUACAAUAGAUUUACAUGCAUCCAAGGUCAAAAAACACUUUAAUUUGCAGCAUUACCUUUUUUCCCCAGUGUCAAAUACAUCUCGUUCAAUGAACCGCUCUAAAGGAUUCAUUCUAAACUCCUCCUUUCAGAGAGCCUACUCUGAUCUGAUUGGUCUACCGCUGUGUAGUCUAGUGUUUGAGGGAGUGUCAAAACGGUUCGCGAGCAGCCAAUGGAGGUGUGUUUUUUGUUACCAAAUUACAUAGGUUAGUACAGGAAGUAAGUCUGGAAUUACUAACGACUCAUCUCAGGUGUUAAGAAUCGGUUCUUUCUUUUGGAAGUCAAUAACUCUGUUUGUCGUGCACUUUGAUUUUUGAAACUUUGCAGACUUUUUUACAUUCACAAACAGCUAUAUAACACACUACAUGAAUGGUAAUAUUUGAAAAACCAUAAUAGGUGCUCUUUAACUAAUAAUAAUCAUAAAUAAAGAAGAUUUGGUGCAUAACAUGGGACUUUUAAUACUAAACAUGCCUGAAACCAACUGGGGACUCUUAUUUUGAAAUGACAGAGACUUGGCUCCAUUAUAAAGCUCUAUUUGUAAUAUUUACCAAAUUAAGGUUUUAUAGCCUAUAUAUUAUUAUUCAUAAUAUAUGAAGUAUGUGCUGAUGAGGGACGUUUCCAGAUGGUCACAUUUUUCUUUGCAUGCAAUCACUUCAAUUUAAAAAAGUAAUUAUCAAAGGAACAUGGAGGAAUAAAAAAAAAUAUCGGGAUAGAUUUUUGCUGAUAACCGAUAGUUCCAAAAAAGCAAUUAUCAAUUAAUCGGUAAAAUCUCUAGAAUUGUGUGUAUUUUAAAGUUUGUACAUAGUAGUUAGAUGCAUCUAAUAUAAAGUGGGAACGAUUUAAAAAAAAAAAAAAAAGUUACAAUCGCCACUAAGAAAAAUAGAAAUUACAAUAAUAAUAAUAAUAAUAAUAAUCUCUAAAGUAAAAUGUCAGGGUGCAUUACAGUAAUGAGAAUUUGGGGUGAAAUGUGCUUAAUUGUCAUGACAAUAAUGUGGUCCUAAAAAUAAGCUUCUGCAUGUAAAAUAAAGUUUCUUUUGGGGUGUAAUAUAACCUGGAUUUUUUUCAUGAAAUUAAAUUCACUUGUUAUUGUUUCGUUUGGGCAAAUGAUGUCAGCAGUCACUCUCCGGACUCAUCUGUUUGUAAAAUAUGUCUUACUCCUUUCAAGAAUUAUCUAUUUUGGGCCUUUUUGCUGUAUCAUAUCCAAACCAUGUCCAUCAAAUCUGAAUUAUUUUUUUAAGGAAGUGCAAAGGCUGACAUUUAUUGAAAAUGUCCUGGAAAAGUAAAGCAGUGUUCCCAAAGAGUCUCGUAAUAACGCUAAUACUCAAACUAAUAAAAACAGCUAGUGACUAAUCGGCCCAUAACUCCAAACCACUUUGCAAUAACAGUCUCAACAACGGCAGCCUAUCCAAUACGGUCUUGCUCAAAGGGACAUCAUUAUCCGGUUCAUCCGGAUAGUCAUUUUACUUUCCUCUUGUUUUGUAUAAAAGAGAAUAAGCAUUCCAUUUGUUUUCCCCAUUUUAUUUUACCUAUCUGUCAUUCCUGCUAAUUUACCAUGAGGUCUGGCCUGAGUGUUGUUUAUUUGCAGGCCAGGGUGAAGUUGAUUUCAUUCUCUCUCCUUGACAGCUGUAGAUUUCUGCAUGGUUUGUGUGUCAGCAUGCCUGUAUGUCCUUGUAACAUAUUUGCACAAAGGAGGAACACAGGAGGGUUUGAGGCUUUUACAACAUUGGAGAACGCAUAGGAUGGAAGCUGUUCUGUUCCUCCUCAGUUUCUGGUCAGUAAAGCAGACAGAAUGAUGCUUUUUGUGUCCGACGGAUGUGCUUUUUACUUGUUUAAAAAAUGAAUGAAAGAAAAAUGACUUUUGAAUAUUUUACAGCAACACAGCAAAGUUAUCUAGCACUUGUGGCAUACAGCCUAGAAUGUUUUGUAUUUAUGUAGAGCAUUGUUUUAGGUGAACUACAAACUACACUACACAGACUGGCCUGUGUGACUUUUUUGCUUUAGGUUUGUUUUCUUUUUCUUUUCUAAUCUUCUUCUGGAGGUAUUUUUGGGGCUGGAGGAAGACUAGGAAAAGCUUAGGGUUGUUCCUUUAGAACAUCUGGAAUCAUCAAAGGGCAUUUCCAGAUGCUUGACGGAUAUAUCAUCAGUUUGUCAAAAUAAAAUAAAAUAAAAAAACACUUAUCAGCCAGUAAUACCUGUGACCACUGUGGCUCGAGAACAGUUCUAGGUUUACAAAAAUGUAAGAAAUGCAUAUUAUUUUUGUCACUUUGUUUUUCCAUUGUUACAAUAGAACUUUUCUUGGGACCUUUGCUCUAAUGUUUGUCUUUGACAGCAAUUAUAAAGUACCUUGUUUUUGAAUA